GUUGUACUGUGUGCUUUAACAAACUGUCAUGUUUUAUUCAUGUGUUUUUAAGCAGGUGUCGCUUACCGGGUUAUCCUGGCUGAGUUUAAAGCACAGAAACUGAACACUUUGUUGUCCAUUAUUGAUGCAAUAAUAUUCAAUCAACAAUAUUUUUGCUUUCAAAUGUAGAUUAGUAAUGGACACCAAGGCAGUAUUUACUGCCCUCUAUGAUGUGUGUGAAGAGAAUGCCACCUUCUUCUCCGGGGCCACCAAAGGCCAAGCCGGAGAUGCCACUCAGCGCCUGGUGGAUUCCAUGAGGACCAUUCAGGAACAUGCACGUGGCCUGGAGCCUGUCAUCAUUGGAUUCGCUGGCAUCUACCACCAUUUUGAUUUUGACCCUCAUAUUCCUGCCAAUGGAUAUCGUUCUCUUGUUAAGGUUGUGCGCUGUUGCAUCCUGCACAUUAUCCACAAAGGCCGGUAUAUCACUUCUAACAGACGAAGCAUCUUCUUCCGUGCGAGCCACAAUGCAGCGGAGAUGGAGGCAUACUGCAGCGCUCUCUGUCAGCUUAGGGCACUCCUCUAUCUAGCUCAGAGAUUGCUGCAUGACAACAGCCAUGGCAAUCUCUUUUUCCAGGAGGAAAGUGGCCUCAGUCAGAGCUUCCUAAGAGAGUACGCCUCUAUGCACAAGGGGUGCUUCUACGGCCGCUGUGUCGGAUUUCAGUUUACGCCUUCCAUUCGUCCAUCCCUUCAGUCAAUUACUAUAGGCCUGGUUGCUUUUGGAGAGAACUACAAGAAGCACCAAUCUGGUAUAGGGGUAGCAGCCAGUUCGUUCUUCACCUCUGGGAAAUAUGCUAUUGACCCUGAACUCAGAGGUCAGGAGUAUGAACGCAUUACUCAAAACCUGGACGUUCAUUUUUGGAAGACAUUCUGGAACAUUACAGAGACUGAAAUUCUGUCGAGUCUAGUGUGUAUGACGGCCACACAGGUGAAGGUGAAUCGAGCUCUUUCCGUCCCUCCUUUGCCCUUCGAUCUGCCGUUGGCGUCGAAUCCCACCCGCACAGUGACUGUGUCUCCUCCGACAUCUCACAUUGGUUUGGGGCCUGUGCAGAUGAGAUUGAUCUCUCAUGAGCUGAGAGAAGGACAGGACAGUGAGAAAUUACUAGCAAUGUGUCGCUCAGAGGGAGGUCCCAUCUCAAUUUCCUUAAGCCUGAAGACUAAGCGCAGUCCUCCUUCACCCUGGCUGCUGGUGCACUUCCAUGGAGGAGGCUUUGUGGCACAAACUUCCAAAUCGCAUGAGCCCUAUCUGAGGGGCUGGUCUCAAGACCUGAAUGCACCCAUCCUCUCAGUGGACUACUCGCUGGCUCCUGAGGCUCCAUUUCCCCGGGCUUUAGAAGAAUGCUUUUAUGCCUACUGCUGGGCCAUCAAGAACCACAAUCUACUGGGUUGGACUGGCGAGCGUGUGUGUUUGGCUGGUGACAGUGCAGGGGGAAACCUGUGUCUGACCGUGUCGAUGAGGGCAGCAUCUCACGGCGUGCGUAUGCCAGAUGGUAUCGUGGCCGCAUACCCUGCCACUCUCCUCACCGCGUAUGCCUCGCCCUCCCGUCUUCUCACCCUCAUGGACCCUCUGCUGCCCCUCAGUGUGCUCUCACGUUGCCUCAGCGCAUAUGCAGGUACAGACCCACAGGUGGAGAAGCAGGUGGAGACUUUGAGCACUUUGAGUAUGGUGCGCAGAGAUACUGCCCUGCUCCUCCGAGACAUCAAACAGGGGGCCACCAACUGGAUCCAUUCCUUUUUAGAUAGAGGAACUGCAGAUUCGGUUAGACAGAGCGUAUCAGAGGCAUCUCUGACCUCUCCGCAUGCAGAUCCUCCGGUGCCUGCUGAAUCUAAGUACUCUCUGGAGAAAGUCUCUAUGAAGAGUCAAACAUGCCAAGACUUGGGCAUCCACAUGAACAGCAACCCCAGCGAGGAAAAAAAUGCCAACCAUCUUUCCGCCACCACGGCCAACCACAGCUCCAUCCUUGACAUCACCCUGACACCUGAGAGCAAGCCAGGGGACGUGAGUUUCUUCCUCUGUAAAGAAGUGGAUCCUGUCGUGUCAGAAUCCUUUUCGUCAGUGGCCAUUCCGCCCCCUGAUGGUGAGGAGGACUCUGAGAACCCCCGGGAGUUUCCAGUGGACUUUGAGCCUCUGCGCUCAGAGCAGUUAGCAGAAAUGACUGUACAAAAUUCACCUAUCGUCAGGAACCCCUACAUGUCACCUCUUCUAGCUCCAGACAGCAUGCUAAAGGGUCUCCCUCCUGUACACAUAGUGGCCUGUCAUCUGGACCCCAUGCUGGACGACUCUGUGAUGUUUGCCAAAAGACUGCGAAAUAUCGGCCAGCCGGUGACCCUGUGUGUCGUAGAUGACCUUCCGCAUGGCUUUCUCAGUCUGUCUCAACUUUCAAGAGAGACUCGGGAGGCUACUAACAUAUGCAUGGAGCGAAUUAAGGAUGUCUUUACCAUGAAAGACCCUCCUCCGGAGAUGCGGAAGCACCGCAAACUAGAACGGACCAAUCAGAUGGGUUCUGCUAACAAGAGCGACCAAGUUCAGCUUUCGCAAGCGGCUGCACAGGAGGAUGAAGAGGAGGGGUUAGUUGUUGGGGGAGGAGCUUUUGAUGUAUGCGGGAAGGAGCUUGAUGGGUUUUCCCCUCCCACUAAACCUAAAGCCGAAAAGAUUACAGGGUAGAAUUUGGGCUUGCAGUGUUUUUAUACAGGAGCCAAAAGUAAGGUCACAUUAUUAAAUAAUGGCAAUCAGGGCUGAAUAAAUCUGAAUUAAGGAAUGAGUCAUGGCACCAGUUAUUAAAUUCUGAAUUAUAAGACACCAUUAAGUUUAAUAGAGGAAAAAAGAGAAAAUUAGAAGUUUAAUUACACAAUCAUGAUCACACCCACAUGCACUGUUUGUAUACCUACCUAUUUUACCACUUUGCCUUUUGUGUUUUACAGCACCAGCAUAGGGCUCGACAAUAUUGCCUAAAUUUCUACUGCCGAUAUUCUUCUAAAUUUCAGGCAAUGCGGUAUAAAUCGCAAUAAUCAGUCCUUACAGAAAAACUAGUGUUUUUGUGAUUGUUGCGGGCAAAAAUCCUUGAUCUUGCGGCACGUUUUCUUGAAAAAUGCGACGGAAUAUGCCGGAUAUUUAUGCAAUUUGAUGCAAUGAAAUUGCGGGAACUUGCAAAAAUUGUGUGAACUUGCAAAAACUGUUUGCAGCUUUUCAAUGAUGUUCAUGUCACAUAAUCACAUCACUUCAUAACGUUACCAUGGAAACAGAGGACAUGGCUGCACUUGUGUGAAGUAAAUGCUAAAUUUUCUGCUAAGAUAUAUGUGAUUUUUGCUACGAAAAUGCGGGGGUUAUGAAAUCAUGCAAGCCCUGCAUAUUUUUUUGCGCACAGAAAUCUGCAAUUUAUGCUGCGAAAGUGCGCUGUAUUUGAAAAAAUGCAACCCCCGCAUAAAUAUGCGGACUUUGGCUGAUUAUGCGUUAAAUCAUGCGAUUGCAUGUUUUUUUGGAGGGACUGAAUAAUGGUAUGAAUGUUAAAAUUAAUGUUCUCACUCCCUAUAUGGUGUCACAUUUGGAAGCUGUGACUUGAUGCGGACUAACUCUGCACCUCCUUCUCGUACUUCUGAGUGACAGCUCUUCCCAGGGCAAACACUCCAAAGUCCAAACCAGAUAAAUCGAUCGCAUGGUGACCCCUGUUUAACACACCUUUUAGACGUGACAUGAAAAUGGCCAUGGGACCCUGUAAUGUAUAUCGAAAUAUGGCAAAUUUGUUUAGAAACCAUAUCGCCGCUAUUGGGAAUAUACAGUGAUAUUGAAUAAUUUGAAUUAUUGUCCAGCCCUACACCAGCACAAAACCAAAUUACAUUUUUUUGUGUAACAAGGGAUGUGCUUACACAUCAUAGCGCAGACCAUCAUGAUAAUUCAUCAAAUCUAAGAGCUGAGAUUCAGCAUUAGAUCCGUCUAACUAUACCUGUCUACUAAUAUUUAUGCUCAGAAUGCUCAUUGCUGCUAAGCAUCCUGGGGAUAACUGACAACAACAUUUAAUAAUGUUUGGAUUUUUUUAUGUAGUCGCUUUUUAAUUAUUUAUCACGCAGAAGUGUAUUGUUGUUAUUGUGUAUGUUAAUCACCCUUUAUUAAUCUACAUGCCUCAUGGCUCUUAGAGGGCAUCCUGUGAGAGUAGUGUUUAAGCUUCCUAAUGCUGCUUCGUCCUCAUAGAGCUCAAUGGGUAUUUGAUGCAAUCAAUACAUUUGUAGUAAUCAAAUUUCACAGGGAUUCUGUGGAAGAAAAGCUACACCAACCACACCGUUAUAGCGUUACCUGUCUAUUCUAGUCUAUUUUGAGUCUAUUUCACUACUCUGUAAUGUAUUUAACAUUUUAAUAACAACUUAAGAGUUGUCGUGCAUAAACAUGCACAAAUGUUGUCUGUAACUGUUUGUUUGUUACUUUAUUACCGUGUUAUUUGAAGCAUCAGCCUGUAAAAACAACUUGUAUAUGUUCACUCCAAGUAUGUUUAGCUUAUGUAAGGAGAAACGUGGGCUUAUACCUGACUACUUUUCCGCUUGAUCUUUCCCUGACAUGUCAAAACACAAGCUUCCAUUAUUUUCCUCUCUGGAUUUCUCCAUCUCCCUCGUUCCCUCACUCACUUUGUUUUCUUCUGUUCACAUUCAUGUCAUCUGCCCCUGUUCAUGCUGACCCAUUUCAAGCACACUUCAGUUCUCACCCACCCCAUCCUAGAGGUAUUUUAAGCAGACUCCCUCAACACCCAGCAACCUUGAACCAGUGAAUUCGUUCAGCCUGCACAUGUGUGAUGGUCGACAGCAUGCUGGCUUUGAUAGUGUCUUUAUUUGAAUUAGGUCUGGCCCUCUCUUUUUGGCACUUAUAUUGACUGUACUAAUUUUCCUUGCGGUGCAAAAUCUAUUGAGCCUCCAAAAUGUUAAGUUUCAUUAAUGUUGUAUGGGAUCAUUUUUGCUUUGUAGGCAGAACUUCCAAUUUGAUUUGGGCGAUUGAACAAAUAGAUACAACAUCAUCACUCAGCAGUGUGUUUACACGGUAUACUGCUGUGUACAUUUUGUAUUUAUAGUAUUACCGUGUUCUUGAAAUGAGAAUUGCUUUGUUAUUUUAAGAUCGGGUCUGAUUUGAGUGUUUGAGGCUUAUGUGUCUUUUUUUGGUCUUUAUCUAUGUUUUUGUGAUUGAGUUAAGCCUGGCUGAAGAAAAGCUUUAAAUACAGAGGGAAAACAACAAUAUUCUUCUACUGCUGAUUGCAGCAUAUGAGAGUGAGUUUAUAAUAGAGCAGAAGUAAAACUAAUUUGCUUGCUCUGUUCAGCGUGUCAAAGCUGCUACUUUCUGUAUUUGCUGAUGACAGCCUCGAAAUAGCAACUCUUCAGUUUUACUAAUGCGCCGGGUCUCUUGUGUCGUGUUUUUUGUCAGGUGCUGUCUGUUUUUUUUAGUCUAGUUGGUUGGUAUGGGGCGUAUUCUAGUCCCAGACUAAAAUGCAUGUUAGAGUUGGUUUAUUUUAAAAACAUCUUGCACUGAAAUCUCUUACCAUAUAGCAGUGUCAUCGUUUUGUCCAAAAUGUUCACUUAUGUGUUACUGUCUUUCUGGAAUGCACGGUUGUUUGUGUUACUUACUUUAUAUGUUAUUAUUGUGUCUGCUGUGCAUGAAAAUGCAUCUCAGUGCCAUUGUGCCUACAGUAUACCUGUACAAGAAAUGAAGUAAAUGAUGGUAAAAUGCUGGAUCCUAAAGUAGCAAGUUUUGAUUGGUCAUCAUGACCUUGAAAGCACCGUUGAGCUUUUUCCUCUCGGUGGAACCAUGAGCACCGUGUUGAACAAAACAAAUAUUGUAGGUUUUUCUCAUUGCCCAAUGUGGGGUCACCUUGUUUUCCACUCCAGUCUCUCCCUUUCUCCAGCAUUUCUUUUUUGUAACUCUUAAGCAGCCGCCACAGGAGCUAGAUUACUCAUUCAUCUCAAGGGUGUUGUAUUAAACUAAGAACAGUGUGGUGUUCCUGUAUCUCCAUCAGUCAUGCAUUGUGGAGCAAGGGUUCGAUUCCCAGGGAACACAUCUCAAUGCACUGUACUGUAUGUUGCUUUGGAGUAAAGCAUCUGCAAAAACACUCUUAAUUUAGGUUUCUGUUGAAACAGCAAUCUAUACCUACCCGCAUUGGCACAGUAGCCAAAGCGUACACUGUACUGUGUUUUCCUCCUCAGAGACACGUAAAACUACAAGUAGUUAAUAAACCAACUAGUUGAUUAGUCACUGACUUUCAAGUUAAUAAUCAAGAUCUUAAGAACCGCAUCAUUGUACUGUCUCAUUUGAAGUGGUUAUGAAAUCAGUCAUCUUAAAGUCCGGUGAUCUGCCUUAAGUGCAGACUAUAAUAAUAACCACUGCAGUAUAAUUUGCAAGGGCGCUGAUGUCUGUACUGCCCUCAUUUUCACUGCAAACUUCACUGAUCUGAGUGAUACAAACUUUGAUAGGCACAGCACAAUUUUUUUUAUCCAUAUGGUUGUAGUAUAGCCUACCUCAUGCAAUCAUUCUCAUGUUUGAUCAAAGGUUAUUUGUGCUGGAGGACUAUUUCAGAAGAUUUGCACUUUAUAUUAUAGUGUAUUCAUCUGUGUGUGGGGUGCUAUGUGCAUUCAGACUAGGCUUUUUUACUAUGAUUGAUCAUAUAGGCUACCACAAGUGCAAACCUGUGUAUUAUGUAUUAUAUACUAGUAUAUACAACAUUUAUUGUACAGAGAUCAUAUUUACUUUAAACUUUUUACUUCUGAAUAUUUUUGCUUUCAAACCUCUAAAGGCUGUAUGUGGAAAUGUUGCAAUGGAAAAAAUUAAGAGUAUUUUUCUGCAGUAGUUUUAUCUCUGUGUCGACUUGUAUACAUAAAUAAAUAUUUUCUCUCUU